AUGAGAGGCCCUAAUUAUGCUGAAUUAUUGGUGUUUCUAUUUCUAUGUAGUGCAACUACUAUUUGUUUCGCUUUCAAUUUGAGUGAUUCUGAGGUGAUCAUGAGAUGCAUAGAGGAAGAAAGACAAGCACUCUUCAAAUUCAAACAAGGCCUUCAAGGUAAUUUCAGUAUUCCGUCUUCUUGGGGCAUGGAUGUGGAAGAUGUUGCAAAUGGGAAGGAAUUAAAUGCAGCAACCAAACAGUAUCUCAAUCUUUCCGACAACUAUUUUUUUGGAACCAUUCCACCGCAGCUUGGAAAUCUCUCAAACUUGAUUUCUCUUGAUAUCAGCUGGAAUGUUAUGAUAAUUGAGGACUAUAAUCUUGACUGGCUCUUUCGUCUCUCCUCUUUAAGAAACUUAGAUAUGAGCAGUGUGAACCUUAGCAAGGUAGUGAAUUGGCCGGAUAAGGUUAAUAUGCUCCCUUCUUUGUUACAGGACUUACGUCUAAGUAAUUGUCAGCUCUCCCUGCCGGUUCCUCCUACACUUAUCAAUGCUAAUUGUUCUUCACCACUUUCAUUCCUUGAUCUCUCUUUCAAUCAAUUCAACUCCUCAAUAUUCCCUUGGUUGUUCAAAUAUUACAAUCGCCUUCUUCAUCUUGACCUCCAUCGUACCGAAAUAGAAGGUCUUAUUCCAAAAGCGUUGGGGAAUAUGGUGCCUCUAGUUCAUCUUGACCUCUCUUCCAACAAACUUGAAGGGCCAAUACCGAAUCUUUCAAAAUUAUCUUUGUUGAGAGAGUUGCAUCUGUCCAACAAUCAGUUAAAUGGGAGUUUAGACAAUGUUCUAGGAAAACUUUCCAAGCUUCAGGUUUUGGAUUUGUCCUUCAAUUCUCUCAAAGGUGAAACACAUUUGUCGAAUCUUUCCAGCUUAAACCAAUUGGACUUGUCUUAUAAUUAUGAUCUGUCUUUGAAGUUUAGUCCAGACUGGAUUCCACCAUUUCAUCUGGAUUACAUAGGAUUGGGAUCUUGCAAAUUGGGGCCAACUUUUCCUCAAUGGAUUCAAACACAAAAGAAUUUUUCAGCACUUGAUAUAUCUAGUGCAAGAAUUUCAGACACCAUCCCCAAUUGGUUUUGGGAUCUUUCUUUUAAUAUAAAGCACUUAAAUAUCUCAGCCAACCAAAUCACUGGCAAUAUACCUUUUGAAUGGUUUUUGACAAGAUUUCAGGCUUUAAAUGCAAUAGAUUUGAGUUAUAACCGUUUCAGCUGUCCACUGCCACAACUUAACUCUAAUUCAUGGGUGUUGAAUCUCUCCAAUAAUUUGUUCCGAGGAACUGUGACAUUCAUAUGUGAGUCCGAGGGAUUUUUGGAAUACCUUGAUCUUUCGAAUAACUUAUUAUUUGGAGAGCUCCCCAAGUGUUGGCCAAAAAUGGCGAAUCUAGAACUCCUUAAUUUGGCAAAUAAUAAUCUCUCUGGGAAAAUUCCUGAAUCAUUCGGAAAAAUUUGUUGGAAAUAUAGUUUUCUCAGGUCAUUGCAUUUCCAAAACAACAGUUUCAUUGGAGAAUUACCUGUGUCAUUGAUGAACUACUCUUCGCUGAGUGUAAUAGAUUUUGGAGAAAACAACCUAUCUGGGAGGAUACCAACAUGGAUCGGCACAAGCCUACUGCAAUUGAUGAUUCUUCGCCUGCCAUCAAAUGAGUUUGUUGGUAGCAUACCAUUACAGUUAUGUCAACUAACAUUUCUUCAAAUCUUGGACAUCUCUCACAAUAGUAUUUCAGGGACUAUUCCUCGGUGCAUCAAUAACUUCACUGGCAUGACUCAAAGACAGAAUCUAGAAACAAGAACUUUUGAUUAUAGAACUAUCACAUCCGUGGGUUCUAUGCAUUUUUAUUGGCAAUACAUUGAGAAAGCACGGGUGAAUACAAAAGGAUUGCCUCUAGAGUAUAAAAAAAUUCUUUACUCAGUAAAAGUCAUCGAUCUUUCAAGUAAUAGAGUGGAAGGAGAAAUUCCAAGAGAAGUAACAAGUCUCUUGGGAUUGAUUGGGCUGAACCUAUCUAGAAACUUAUUGACUGGCGUCAUCCCUCAGAAUAUUGGUGACCUGGAAAGCUUGGAGUUUCUAGACUUGUCAAGCAAUCACCUUUCAUAUGUAAUUCCCCAAAGCCUCGCUACUUUGAACUUUUUAAGCUAUUUGAAUUUGUCAAACAACAACUUGUCCGGUAGAGUUCCAACAGGCACCCAGCUCCAGAGCUUCACUGCUUCUUCAUAUGCAGGUAACCUAGAUCUUUGUGAAUUGCCUCUGAACAGGUGUCGCGAAGAUAACAUGGCUCAAGGUCCUCAAAUUGGAAGCACACAUAAAGAUGGCAAUAUUGAAGAACAUGAAAACUCCCAUGAACACCUAUGGUUUUAUACGAGCAUUGCAAUUGGAUUUAUUGUUGGAUUUUGGGGGGUUUGUGGAUCGUUAAUCCUAAAGGUUACUUGGAGGCGUGCAUAUUUUCAGUUUUUGGACAGAAUGGGAGACAGGCUCUUUGUUACAAUAGUUGUCAACAUGGCCAAGCUGUUGCGGAACUUCAAGAGUACUCAGUGCUACCAAGAAAAUGUUUAG